CUUUACAGAGACAGUACGAACUUUCGCUGCUCCGCACGAUACAAGUCGUAUUCUUCUCUCCAUUAAAUCGUCUCGUAUUAUCUAAAUGGUGUGGCUGUGGUCGGUCGCUGUGCUCCUGCUGCUUGCAGCGCAACCUGCACCAGCUGUUCCUGCCAAGAUUGCGAACAGGAUGGUGCCCAGCUGGUGGCAGUAUGCGCGCACCACGUGCUACGGGCAGCGCGAGUGCGGUGCUGGCGAGUGCUGCGCGCGGCCGAUGCUGUCGUCGCGCGCCUACUGCAUGCCGCUGAAAGGGCGCGACGCCGCGUGCGACGCCUCGCCCUUCAUGCUCGAUGCCGACCAGAUGGUCCACUUCGGGGACUGUCCUUGUGAGGCUCACCUCGUCUGUGCGCCGCAGGACAGCGCCGCGCGAUGCGUCGACUACCACGGCUACAUGCAGCCCGACUACCAUCGCUACCUCGUGACAUCUGCGGAUACCUCAUUCUAGAGUGGCCUCGAUGUGCAGGCCUCCCAGGCUAGAAUGGUCUCGAUGUGCAGGCUUCCUAGGCUAGGGUGGUCUCGACGUGCAGGCUUCCCAGGCUAGGUUGGUCUCGACAUGCAGGCUUCCUAGGCUAGGAUGGUCUCGACGUGCAGGCUUUCUAGGCUAGGGUUCCUCCCUGUCACUUCACCUGAGUGUUGGGUGUGUCCGACUAAGGGCAUCAGGGAAUAGGGUUACCUCCUAAUGAGGGUACCGCAGUCAGAGUGUUCGGGUUGGGUGAUCCCAGUAUUGGGUCGCUUCCAAGUGGAGGCACCCUGGUCUGAGAGAGAGCGUCUAUGAUGUCCUCGGUAUAAAUGUCAUCCUUUUCGAUUGUACCCGCAAUUUAAGAUUCCUGUUCACCAAGUCGCCAAAAGCCGGUGCUGCACGAUGGUCGUCAUUGUUCUAUUAGCUUCAGUUUAAUUUUUGCUUCCUAGACAUCAUCGCGCCACGUAAAAGCUGGAUAAAUGAAAUCUAUGCUGUAAAUUUCUUACUGUUAUCAAUAAUCAGCUCGUAAAUCAGCUCAGUUAUAAUAUUGUGAUGAGUUUGGGAUGAACUUGAAUGCGUAAAUGAAUUUUGCUUUUCGUUAUGUUACAAGUUCGCUGUUUCAUAGCAUGGUAGUAUCACGGUUAUGGGGUUGAAAGAAAGCUUUGUCUUCUGCUGAAUGUUUACUUUAACACCGUAUGAGCGACUAGAAUCAGCUCAUGCCGAAGACAAGAAGCUAGAGAGCGAUGGGAGAAGCGGGUGCUUCCUCUUACAGGGAACUAGGGCAAGGAACAUAAAAGUUACGGUAGAAACCGAUAACUCGUAGUAAAUGUUACAGAUAGA